AUGUUCCUUAUUUUGUUGUUUAGACAAAGUCGAGCUAAGCAAGCCCCAAAAACAGACGACUUAGGGCCUCGUCGAGAAGGGAGUAAGAAAGUGACAGCUAGUGCUAGGAGAGAAAGGAGUUCCAAGGAUAAUUCAAGUGCUCAACCAAGUGUAGAACCACAAGGCAGUGAACAAGGUGUGCAACCAAGUGCUGAACAAGCCACUCAACAAGGUGUAGAACCAACUGGUCCACAAGGCAGUGAACAAGGUGUGCAACCAAGUGCUGAACAAGCCACUCAACAAGGUGUAAAACCAACUGGUCCACAAGUUACAUCCCACCAUGAAAUUGAACCAAUUGAUCCAGUGCCAACAGUACAAGAAGAAGUUCAACCAAGUGUACCCCAAAAGCCAAAAAGAACCCAACAAAGGAGAAGCAGGUGA